GGCGCGGGAAGGGGGCGGGCCCUGAAGUGGAGCAGCAAUUGCAGGCGCGAGGGGGGCGCGACUGGCAUCUGGGGCAUCUUUGCAGCGACUGGGUUGUCAGUGGCUGCAGCAGGUGUGUGGGUGCAUCUGGGGCAUCUUUGCAGCGACUGGGUUGUCAGUGGCUGCAGCAGGUGUGUGGGUGCAUCUGGGAGCAUCUUUGCAGCGACUGGGUUGUCAGUGGCUGCAGACCAUGGACGCCGUCAUUUACCUGGCCGUGCUGACGGUGCUACUGCUCUUCUGGGUCCGGAGGAAAGGCGUAGAGUAUGUCAUUAUCCACCACCGCUGGGUCUUUGUCUGCCUCUUCCUCCUGCCCCUCUCCGUCGUCUUCGACGUCUACUAUUACCUGCGAGCAUGGCUGGUCUUCAAGAUGUGCAGUGCCCCCAAGCAGCACGACCUGCGGGUCAGAGACAUCCAGAAACAGGUGCGAGAAUGGAAGAAUCAGGGAAGUAAAACGUAUAUGUGUACUGGCCGACCUGGCUGGCUGACAGUUUCACUUCGGGUUGGCAAAUAUAAGAAGACACACAAAAAUAUCAUGAUCAAUUUGAUGGAUAUUUUGGAAGUGGACACCAAGAAGCAGGUUGUACGAGUGGAACCAUUGGUAAACAUGGGGCAGGUGACUGCACUUUUGAAUUCCAUUGGUUGGACUCUUCCAGUGGUGCCAGAGCUGGACGAUCUCACUGUGGGUGGCCUCAUCAUGGGAACUGGUAUUGAAUCUUCAUCUCAUAUCUAUGGACUUUUCCAAAAUAUUUGCAUAGCCUACGAGCUGGUCUUAGCUGAUGGCAGUCUUGUUCGGUGCACAGAGAAAGAGAAUCCAGACUUAUUUUAUGCUGUGCCCUGGUCAUGUGGUACUCUCGGAUUUCUUGUUGCUGCAGAGAUCAAGAUCAUUCCAGCUAAGAAGUAUGUGCGCCUGCAGUACCAGCCUGUGCGUAAUCGGAAGAUGAUAUGUGAAACAUUCAGUAGAGAAUCACAAAACAAAGAGAACCAUUUUGUGGAGGGCCUUGUAUAUUCACAGGAUGAGGCUGUGAUAAUGACAGGAGUCCUUACUGAUGUGGCAGAACCUGAAAAGGUCAAUAGAAUUGGCUAUUACUACAAACCUUGGUUCUUUAAACAUGUGGAGAAGUACUUGCAAGGGAACCACAGUGGAGUGGAAUAUAUCCCUCUGAGACACUACUAUCACCGUCACACACGCAGCAUAUUCUGGGAGCUUCAGGAUAUAAUUCCGUUUGGCAAUAAUCCCCUCUUCCGUUAUGUGUUUGGCUGGAUGGUCCCUCCCAAGAUUUCGUUGCUGAAACUGACCCAAGGAGAAACCAUUCGUAAACUGUAUGAACAGCACCAUGUGGUUCAAGACAUGCUUGUGCCGAUGAAGAGUUUGGAGAAGUUAAUUCACUUCCUCCAUAGUGAGAUCAAUGUUUACCCUCUUUGGCUGUGUCCUUUCAGCCUGCCCAGUCUACCCGGAAUGGUCCAUCCGAAGGGGGAUGAGGCUGAACUCUAUGCAGAUGUUGGGGCUUAUGGGGAACCCAAAGCCAAACAGUUUGUAGCCAAGUCAUCAACCCGACAGCUGGAGAAAUUUCUACGUGAUACACACAGUUUUCAGAUGUUGUAUGCUGAUUGCUACCUGACCCGAGAAGAAUUUUGGGAGAUGUUCGAUGGGGCUUUGUAUCGUAAGUUGAGAGGCCAGCUGAACGCUAAACAUGCAUUCCCCGAGGUUUAUGAUAAGAUCUGCAAGGCAGCGAGACACUGAACAUUCCAAGAAAGAAGCCAAGUAUAAACCAUUGAAUCGAUUUUCAUCUCCAAGAUAUAUGCAGGAUUUUUUCGAAUCCAAAGACGUCUCCAUUUUUAUCAUGGACACGUGCUUUGUGUGUGUGUGUGCGUGUGUGUAUCUGCUGAUUGAUUUCUUUUCCUUUCCAAACCCCUAAUUUCAUCAAUGCAGUGAAUCAUGUUGACAUUCAAUUCAGCAGGCAUCUGCAUCUCUGUGACAUCAAAUAGCAGAGAGAAUGAAACUGGUAGGUGAGUAGUCUGAAAUCCAUCACAAGCUUCUAUAUGAAUUAAUUGGCUAAAUCUGGUCAUGUGCCUUAUCAACCUAUGACUUGCAUACUCUUUCUGACUUUCUAGUUUCUUGACAAGAAAAUGAAUCAGAAUAUUUGUUUUCUUUCUAGUCGAUAAGGCCACUGCAGAAUUCAUGGUACAACGUGGACUGCUUGUAACCUAGCAUUGAACACAGGGGUGCCUAAUACUAUGUAAUAAUCCACUGAGCCAAUGUGAGAGAGCUAAAUGUUUUGUAAUUUAUUAUUUUUUGUAAUUGUGUAUUUUAAUUGUCUGCAAUGUUUCUAGUAAAAUGCAUAAAUUUCUAGCCUCACUUCUGUAAAAUUUAAGAUAAUCUAACAGCAUAAUGUGGAAUAUUCACACUUGUAGUUUUAAGUUAAGUUUUCACUGAUGAAUAUGCUUCUACAAUUUGCACAUUUUCUUUAUCAAAUGUGUAUUGCCUAUCUUGAUAAAUGUAUGAACAAUAUACGUGCUGCGUGCUCAUGAGGUAGAACAGCUCCUGCUCUGUCCCAUGUCAUUUAGAGUUCAUUUUCCAUUCUAUUAUCGUGCUAAAAGGUUGAUGUGGAAUCUUCAACUUGUACAGUUUGGUUAAUUUAGUCAAACAUUAAUUUUAUAUCUCGCCUUCAUUAUCCGAUGGACCAUAAACAUUUUAGAAAUGGGUUGUUAAACCUCUAGUAGAAUAAAGGUUAACCUUUCUAGGAAAGAUAUGCUUGACACGAGGUAAAGCCACUGGAUGCCACUGUCAACAAUGCAUUACAUCCAUCUGUAUAUGAGAAAUUUUCAAAAGUUCCCGCAUAUCCAUCCAUCGUAACGUCCUUUUAUUCAGACCCAGAAAUACUUCUGACCCAGAGGACCACAAAUCCAAUGCAAACAAGGAAGUUACACCAAGUGACUUGGGUAGCACCAUGUCAUUUUAAUUAAGAACUUGGACUAAAACAGUAGUCAGAAGCAAGCAGGGCAGUGUCCAGGCCACAGGUGGCCCAGCUAACAUUUAAAAAUAGAGAUUUACAUUAUUUGUGGACUGGGAGAAGUAUUUCUUAUGGUUUUGGGAGGCUUUUCUUGGACUGUUUUGCCGUAAAUUUUUCUAAUGAUUAACUAUCCCAACCUCCCCCCACAUCCAUUUUUUUUUAACUGGAUACCGUUGUGAAAAUGUUUGGUGCCAUCAUCCUCGGCAUCUUAGUGGAGGUGUCAGCAGCAGGAUUAUUCCUGGAAGCUUCAACACUACAGCCUCUUACCCACGCCAACAUGGAGUGAACACAAUUAUCUGCCUUAGCCAUUAAAUACACUACAAAAGCAAUAACAACUUGUUUCUAAAUAGAAGCUUGAAUGAUAUAAACACAAUGUUUGAAAAUAUCUUCAAGUAGUAAAUAACUGUUUAGUCCAAAACAAAUGCUUCUCGGGGGAGACAUGGAUAUUAACGGCCUAGGGGAUUCCAGAUCUCUUGAGGGCUCUGAAAGGAACGAGCAUUGAAAUUAUGGUUUGCUACGUACGUUAACCAAAUGGCGCACCAGUUGGCUAACAUAUAUUAGAGGCAGUGCACAAACUUAUCUUAACAGUGCAAUUAGAGGGAGUACACAAAAUCAUUUGAGCCUGGUUAAAUUUGUGACUGUUGGAUCACUUUUAGGCAAACACUAUUUGACAAAAUUAGAGUAGUAUUACUUUCACUGUGAUAAAAUAUGCGAUAUUGAGAAAAACAAAUGCAACAAUUAACUGAAGCAGCAAUGCUUUUAGGUUGUUGUCUUCCACUUAGUUUUGCAUGAUUUCUUUGGGUCAUGAUUGGUGACUUCAAUGCCAUAGCCUUAUUCUAUAUUCAUCUAUAUGCUGAGUUUCCUAAUGUAAUGUUUUUGUUUAAAUCCCCGGACAUUAAUCAAGACGAUUCAAUUGGUACUGGAAGUUUAUUUAUUUUUUACCUAUACCUGCACACAUCAGUGCUAAAUGAGACUAUUUUCCAUACAAUAGCCAAAGACUUGCAGAAAAUUAGUUGUAAUUAAAGUGCUUUAAUCUUUGAGCUACUUCAACUGGACUUGUAACAGAUGGUCUUUAUCUUGCUGUUUCCCAUUUAACUAUCCUAAUGCCCUUUGUGAAGCUUAAUAUUUCCUUAAAAAAUCGUAUAAAUGCUUGCUGAAUUUUGUUAACCUUUCAUAUUUUAGUGGGCAUGUUGCGCAAUUCAUUUGAUUUUCAUUUCAUUUAGGUAAAGAUCUGUUCAUUGAAGCCUUUCAUUGGCUUAAUUUGACAGCUUUACAUAUGUUAUACACAAUUUAAAAGUAUUAUUAUAACUAAGAAAAUUAAGCUGGUAUUUAUGGGGGGGAGUGAGGGUCUUUGCAAUAGUUAUUUUCUAGGAUACCAAGACUUGACUGAAGACUGCAGGAGUUUAGAAUCCCAAAUAUUGCCUGAUUGCUUCUGGUUUUAUCGAACUUUUCAUUCCGAUUUGUAAAAUGUUUUGCUAUUUUCUUUAGUAUUCCCUGCAAAUGGUUCCUAGUUUUAGUUUAUAGAUACAGCAAGGAAACUUCGGCCCACCAAGUCCACACCGACUAUUCAUCACACAUUCACACCAGUUCCGUGUCAUCCAACUUUUACAUUCACUCCUUGUACAUUAGGGACAAUUUACACAGGCCAAUUAACGUACAACCCUGCACAUUUUGGGGAUGUGGGAGGAAACGAGGAAAUUCAUGCCGUCACAGGGAGAACAUAGACCGCACCCGAGGCCAGGAUCAAACCCAGGUCUCUGGCACUGUGAGGCAGCAUUUAAGUUGUUUUUGAUCAAAUUAUUAACAUGAUCUGCUUUUCAAGAUUUUAAAAAAUUUGAUCAAAAUACUUUCGCCAUUGAUGUUGCAUUUCAUUUGAGCGAAGAUUUUGUCUCUAUUAAUUGACCCUCCAGAAUGGAAAUUAAACAAAUUACUCCAGGGGCUGAGCAGACUGCAGUGGGAUGAGAACAUGCUCUCAAACCAAUGAUGUGGCAAUGUUGUAAGGGCAGUAAACCUUGGUUUAAUAUUGACCUUCAUCUGCUGCUGAAGGUUUGAGUGUACUUUUCAAUUUCAUCUCUAUGUAAUGAAAAUAUUUUUUGGUUUAAUUGUGUGAUUUGCAUUUCUUCUGUAUUACACAUGAAUUAAAAUAUAUCAAACUGAAA